CGGAGCGAUGCCGCGGGCGGCGCUGUCCCGAGCGGGCUCUGGGGCCGGAGUGGCCGCCGCCGAGCAGGGCUGCUGGACACCGCCAGGCGCAGAGCAGGUCCUAAAGGGGUGGACCAGUCUUCCCUCUGCCCUCCACCCUGUUGGAGUUGUUCUGAGGAGACAGCCCUUCAGUCCUGGCUGUCUGGAGAGGUAACCACCAUGCCACUGUCCCCACAAAUCGAGGCCCUCCACACCCAGAUGGCUCAGUAGCUUCAUCUGUCCUCUGCUCCCUGGCCCAGAGGCAGUCAAGGGAAGAGCAAUGGAGAUGUGGCUAGGCAGGCCCUGGCUGUGUGUGAUGCUGUUUCUGUACCUCCCUCAACUCUGCCUGGAUCAGGAGGUAUUGUCUGAAUAUUCUCUUCAGACACCCCUUGAGGGCCUGAUCCCUGAGGGUCUCUGGGGACCAUGGGGCCAGUGGGCCUCCUGUUCCCAGCCCUGUGGGGUGGGAGUGCAACGAAGAAGCCGGACUUGUGAACCUGGCCCAGGCCUGCCACUCCCUCCCCGACCCCCAAGACACCCAGAAGCCCAAAGUCCCCGCAGCCAGGACCCCAGACCCCAGAAUUCCCGAGAUCCUCAACCCCUCUACAGGCUGCAGCCUCGGGGAAGGGAUGGCCCCCUUCGAGGUCCUGCUUCUCAACUGGGGAGACAGGAGACCCAGAAGACUCAGGGGGCCCAGAGGUCCCGGAUUCGAGACCCCAUCAAGCCAGGGAUGUUCGGGUAUGGGAGAGUGCCCUUUGCCUUGCCCCUGCAUCGGAGUCGCAGGCACCCCCAGAGGCCCCGCAGACCUGAGCAACCCAAGACCUCUUCCAAGGAGGAAGAGACCCCUCCAUCCCGGACUUCAAGGCCAGAGCUGCCCUCUGCAAAUCACAGCCCUCAAACUCAAUUUCCAGAACUGCCUACCUACCCUCACUCUCCUCCAGCAGAAUCCCUAAGGCCUGAAACUACUCAGAAGCAGGUUCCCCUAGGAACCAGUCCUGCUCCCACACAGCCCCACUUCAGAGCACAGGGCUUUGGUACAGGGCCCCCUUUGCACACCCCUUCCUCUGGAGAGAGUGGAUCUUUCCAGGCAUUACCUCGACCACGACCACGAGUACCAACAUCCCAGGGUUGGACCAAUCCCCAGAGAGCAGAGAGACAUCCUCAUCCUUUCCCUCGGAGCCAAGGCCAGCAGAGUCCAGGGCACUGGAGACCUCGUGGCAGUCCUCACGGAUCCCCAGAUGGCUGGCUGCCUCUGCUGAGAGACUCCAGUCCCUCUUGGAGUCUCUUUGCUCCCAGUAGCCCUGCCCCAAAAUGUUCUGGGGAGAGUGAACAACUGAGAGCCUGCAGCCAAGCACCCUGCCCCCCUGAGCAGCCAGACCCCCGAGCCCUGCAGUGUGCUGCCUUUGACUCCCAGGAAUUCAUGGGCCAGCUGUACCAGUGGGAACCCUUCACUGAAGUUCAGGGCUCCCAACGCUGUGAACUGAACUGCCGACCCCGUGGCUUCCGCUUCUAUGUUCGUCAUACCGAAAAGGUCCAGGAUGGGACUCUGUGUCAGCCUGGAUUCCUGGACAUUUGUGUGGCUGGACGCUGUCUGAGCCCUGGCUGUGAUGGGAUCCUUGGCUCUGGCAGGCGACCGGAUGGCUGUGGAGUCUGUGGGGGUGAUGGUUCUACCUGUCGUCUCAUUUCGGGGAACCUUACUGACCGAGGGGGUCCCCUGGGCUAUCAGAAGAUUCUGUGGAUACCAGCAGGAGCCUCUCAGCUCCAGAUUGCCCAGCUCCAGCCCAGCUCCAAUUACCUUGCACUUCGAGGCCCUGGUGGCCGCUCCAUUAUCAACGGAAACUGGGCUGUGGAUCCCCCAGGGUCCUAUAUGGCCAGCGGGACCAUCUUCCAGUAUAACCGUCCCCCUCGGGAGGAGGGCAAGGGGGAGAGUCUGUCAGCCGAAGGCCCUACCACCCAGCCUGUGGAUGUCUAUAUGAUCUUUCAAGAGGACAACCCAGGUGUUUUUUAUCAGUAUGUCAUCUCUUCCCCUUCUCCAGUCCUUGAGAGCCCUGCCACAGAGCCUCCUGCCCCUCAACUUCAGCCUGAGAUGCUGAGGGGAGAGCCCCUACCCGCUUCAGUCCCCCGCCCAAUUCGGACUCCAGGCAUCCUCCAGCGUCAGGUGCGAAUCCCCCAGGUGCCUGCCCUGAGUCAUCGCAGGACACCCUUGGGGUCUGGAGUGGGAUACUGGAAACAAGUCGGGCACUCCGAGUGUUCAGCAUCCUGUGGCAAAGGUGUUUGGCGUCCCAUUUUCCUCUGCAUGUCCCUUGAGUCAGGAGAGGAGUUGGAUGAACACAGCUGUGCCAUGGGUGCCAGGCCCCCAGCCUCCCCUGAACCCUGCCAUGGUCCCCCAUGUCCUCCAUACUGGGAGGCUGGUGAGUGGACAUCCUGCAGCCGCUCCUGCGGCCCCGGCACCCAGCACCGCCAGCUGCACUGCCGACAGGAGUUUGGGGCCGGUGGCUCCUCGGUGCCUCCAGAGCGCUGUGGACAUCUCCCUCGGCCCAAUGUCACCCAGACUUGUCAGCUGCGCCUCUGUGGCCAUUGGGAGGUUAGCUCUCCCUGGAGCCAGUGCUCAGUGCGCUGCGGUCGUGGCCAGAGGAGCCGGCAAGUUCGCUGUGUUGGAAACAAUGGUGAUGAAGUGAGCAAGCAGGAGUGUGCUUCCGGACCCCCACCACCUCCAAGCAGAGAGGCCUGUGAUAUGGGACCUUGUACCACGGCCUGGUUCCACAGCGACUGGAGUUCCAAGUGCUCAGCCGAGUGUGGGACAGGGAUCCAGCGACGCUCUGUGGUCUGCCUUAGGAGUGAGGAGAACCUUCAGGGAGACCAGGAAGAAGCAGGAGCAGGAGCCAGUGUGCAGGGCUGCCCUCCCAGGAGCCGCCCUCCUGACAUGCGUGCCUGUAGCUUAGGGCCCUGUGAGAGGACAUGGCGCUGGUACACAGGGCCCUGGAGUGAGUGUUCCUCUGAGUGUGGCUCUGGCACACAGCAUAGAGAUAUUAUCUGUGUGUCCAAACUGGGAGCUGAGUUCAACGUGACAUCUCCCAGCAACUGUUCCCACCUACCCCGGCCCCCUGCCUUGCAGCCCUGUCAAGGGCAGGCCUGCCAGGACCGAUGGUUUACUACACUCUGGAGUCCGUGUUCUCGCUCCUGCCAGGGAGGCAUGCAAACAAGGGAAGUUCAGUGCCUGAGUGCCAACCAGACUCUAAGUGCCCGAUGUUCUUCCCACCUGAGACCUUCCAGGAAAAGACCCUGUAACAGCCAACCCUGCAACCAGCGCCCUGAUGACCAAUGCAAAGACAGCUCUCCACACUGCCCCCUGGUGGUACAGGCUCGGUUCUGCGUCUAUCCCUACUACACAGCUACCUGCUGUCGCUCUUGUGCUCAAGUCCUGGAGCGGUCCCAGCCCGAGCCUGCUUGAAAUGGGUCUAAGAGACCGUCUUCAUGGUUUUCUAAUGCCAUCAUUGGUCAUCUAUUGAUCAGCCUACUUUGUACCCUCUGGUUGUCCAACCUGUCCAGUCUCACCAGGGAUGUCCUCCAGGGUGACUGAGGGUGGCAAGGUAAAUGAAUGACAGAGCUGCUACUGGGUCUGUAUGGUGGUGUAAUGGUCUGUUGCACAGAUGCCCCCAGAUAUGUACCUGGGUCUACCCACGUGGUUGCCCUCAUAUAUGUAUCACUUCCCCAAAAGUAGACUGAGAAGGAAUGGGGUGUGGACAGUACCUGUUUCUCUGAAGAUUUUCGGUGCUGAGGAGAGCACCUGAACUAAGACGGUACGCUCCUCAUCAGUUCCAAUUUUAUGACCCAACCCUCAUUUCUCAUGUUUAGGCCUCUCGUUUCUUCUCAGCCACCCUGUUGUUUCCACCACACCACUGUCCCUUAUCAAGUCUCUAUCCCUACCUUCCUAAUUAGCUAAGGGUGGCAGUCAGCUUCUGCCAAUCCUAUCUUACCCACCAAGGACCACCUCCCUCCUCUCCAGAGCAGGGACCAAUUGAGAAGAGGGUGCAGAAAAGUCAGCAUAAGACACCCUAGCCCUGGCACCCCACUUCACACCUCCUCAAAUGGUCCCACCCAGAACUAAUUUAUUUUUAAUUAAAGUUGAUUUUGACAAAUGAGAA